UGCACACACCCCCUGUGAGACCAGUAAAACAAGUGCACACUGAUAACAUCCGACAGAGAAAGGCAGAGGAAGAUCCUGGUCUCCUGUAGCAGAAAGCUGUGAGUUUGUGAAAACAAAGGCAGCUAAAGGGCGAGCUGUUAGCGGUCUGUCUGCAUACAGGAAUCAUGUCGGUGCUGGCUUUACAAGAGUAUGAAUUCGAGAGGCAGUUUAAUGAGGACGAAGCCAUUCGAUGGAUGCAGGAGAAUUGGAAGAAGUCAUUCCUGUUCUCGGCACUUUAUGCGGCCUGUAUACUUGGAGGUCGGCAUGUGAUGAAGCAGAGGGAGAAGUUUGAACUGAGAAAACCUUUGGUGCUUUGGUCCUUAACACUUGCUGUGUUCAGUAUAUUUGGUGCUAUGCGGACUGGAUGGUACAUGACGCACAUCCUGAUGACCAAAGGCCUGAAACAGAGUGUGUGUGAUCAGAGUUUCUAUAACGGACCUGUCAGCAAGUUCUGGGCAUACGCCUUUGUGCUGAGUAAAGCACCAGAGCUCGGUGACACCCUGUUUAUUGUUCUUCGUAAGCAGAAGCUGAUCUUCCUGCACUGGUAUCAUCACAUCACUGUUCUGCUGUACUCCUGGUACUCCUACAAAGACAUGGUAGCCGGCGGAGGCUGGUUUAUGACCAUGAACUACCUGGUUCAUGCUGUAAUGUACUCAUACUAUGCUCUCAGAGCAGCUGGUUUCAAGGUCUCACGGAAGUUUGCCAUGUUCAUCACAAUAACUCAAAUCACGCAAAUGCUGAUGGGCUGUGUGGUUAAUUAUCUGGUGUACCAGUGGAUGCAGCAGGGCCACGAGUGUCCGUCUCAUGUUCAAAACAUUGUCUGGUCUUCACUCAUGUACCUCAGCUACUUUGUGCUCUUCUGCCAGUUUUUCUUCGAAGCUUACAUCAACAAGACCAAAUCAAAGAAAGUCAAGAAAAGCCAGUAAUGUAAUAUGUACCAAAAUAUUAAUUAAAAUAAAAGAGAGGGGUGAAAUGGGUUUGUAAUAGAGGAAGAAUCAAUGUAAGGAUUUUGAAUGGGUCCCAGCUGGGAAGGUUUACAGAAUCUGAGUGGUGGAUCUAAGCUUAUGCAUACUGUACUACUAACACAGAUAUACCUCCCUUUUACUGGGGUGGGCUCUGCUGAGCGGCACUGAGGAAUUAUUAUUAUGAUAAUAAUUUAAACUGAAAAAUGUGUCUUAUGUGAAAUUCAUGUGCCCAAUGCUUUUCUUGAUAUUAAAAUUAUUUAUACAUUAAACAGGAAAAUAAAUUGAGUAAAUAAUCCAGAUUAAGGGAGAUUAAUAUGAGGGAACAAUCUAGAAUUGUUUUCUGAAUUGUUUGUCUUUAUCAUUGAAUCAGUUAUCAGUGUAAUUUGUAUUUAUUUUUAUUAGACACUGGCGUGACUGGUAGUUCUGAUUGAAAGCUAUGUCGAUGGACACAUGCUGUGUUUCUGUGUUUUGUGUUUAGCAUCACAGCACCAAAUUUUCUCAGGUUGUCUUAGAAUGUUCCAUCGAUGUGCAUAUCACUUAUGGAAAAAAGGGAUCAAAAAUAACAAGGUGAACUAGUUAGUCAUUUCAAUGCCAGUAAAAACACACACUUAAUAAAAAUAAUAAUAAAAGAACGUGACAUAUUAGAUAGUGCUCAUUCAACCAUCCCUUUCCUUUCCGAGCUUUUUGUUGCCCUCUAGGGGCCAUGACGUGUUACUUCCCAAGGCUAAAGAUCAGCAUCUACAGUAUGUCAUUCUGUUAAAAACGUGCUGAAUAAGGCCAGAGUUGUGGAGUUGAGCAUAUUUAAAAUUUGCACCGUGUCUGUGUUCACUGUAAUAAAUCUGUCUUUAAAAUGUG